AUGUUGUUGCUUCCGCCCGCAUCCGUGUCGGUGCGUACCUCAGUUCUCCGAAUUUCUGGAUUCCUGUGGGAAAACUUCAACACCUCCCCGAUGCUAUCCUACAUAUCUGCUGCCUUCCAGCCCCAGCCGGACGAAGGCGUACAGCAGCGACCUCCACGGUAUGCCGGUGAAGAUACCACGCCCACAACCCGCCGGGAGAUCUUAGGAUGGUAUUCAUACGGGAUUGCGGCUGAAGUGUUCGCAGUCUGUGGUGUAGGCUCUUUUCUACCUCUCACCUUGGAACAAUUAGCACGAGAGCGCGGCACACUACAAACGAGCCGCCUUCCCUGUGUCGGAUCAUCCGCAGGGAAUAGCACGAAUAAUGCUGAAAAUGGCCCAUGUGUGGUCCCGGUCUUCGGCCUGGAAGUCAACACAGCUAGCUUCGCCAUGUACACCUUCUCACUAGCAGUACUUAUCCAGGCGCUGACGCUGAUAUCUUUCAGCGCGCUGGCGGAUUACGAGAACAAUCGCAAGACAUUGCUUAUGGUGUUCGGAUUCGCCGGUGCGCUCGCUAGCAUGUUGUUCGUAUUCAUUGCACCGCCUGUCUUCAUUCUCGGAUCGAUAUUGGUAGUCGUCGGUGUAACCUGUCUCGGUUCGUCCUUUGUUGUGCUGAACUCUUACCUUCCUGUGCUUGUCGCCAACGACCCGUCACUGCAAGAGGGGAAGGCGGGUGACGGCGCGGAAAUGUCGAGCUUCGACCGAGAUGGAGGUAACUCAGAAUGGAAUGCAUGGGGUAACGAUGAUGCCGACGACGAUAGUUUACAUGGACUUCAGCCAUCAGGGCAGCCACAGGGCUCACUAGAAGGUGGAAUGGGACCCCAGGCUCCGCCCUCGUCUUCACCGCAGCUGCAGCUGUCGACCAAAAUCUCUUCCAGGGGGAUCGGUCUGGGAUAUUGUGCAGCUGUUUUUGUCCAAAUCAUCAGCAUUAUCAUGCUCAUCACAUUGUCCAAGACCUCCCUUACCAAAGUGUCUGCCACUCUCCCGAUGCGCUUUGUAUUACUCCUGGUCGGCAUCUGGUGGGGCGCAUUCACCUUGGUCACGCGUGAUUUGCUCAAGACUCGGCCAGGCCCACCUCUGGAUACUGUCUCCACCGAGGGCACUGGAAGGUGGCGGGCCUGGCUGCGACUGAUCGGUUUUGCGUGGAAAUCACUGUGGGAGACCGUCAAAGUAGCCAGCAAACUGCGCGAAGUGCUCAUCUUCCUCGUAGCAUGGUUCCUACUCUCCGAUGCAAUGGCCACUGUUUCAGGAACAGCGAUCCUGUUUGCCCGAACGGAACUCAAACUGAGCACGCCGCUAAUCGGACUCCUCUCCAUCACCGCCACAGUGUCGGGCAUGACGGGCGCAUUCCUAUGGCCACACGUGUCUCGGUAUUUCGGCCUACAACCGAAUCACACCAUCAUCCUGUGCAUUGUCCUUUUUGAGUUAAUCCCCCUCUACGGUUUGCUUGCUUACAUCCCCUUCAUCAAAAACUGGGGGGUGUUCGGGUUACAACAGCCGUGGGAGAUAUUCCCGCUAGCCAUUGUGCAUGGGGCCGUAUCUGGGGGACUGGCAUCAUACUGCCGAUCGUUUUUUGGACUGUUAAUUCCGCCCGGUAGUGAGGCUGCGUUCUACGCUCUUUAUGCCGCUACGGACAAGGGGAGUUCAUUCAUUGGACCGGCUAUUGUGGGUGCCCUUGUUGAUGCGACCGGUCAAGUGCGGAGUGGAUUUUUUUUCAUCGCGGUAAUAAUCAUUCUGCCUAUUCCGCUGGUGUGGAUGGUUAAUGCGGACAAGGGUCGCCGUGAAGGUUUGGCUAUGGCUGAGACCCUGGACAAGUCACAUGGUGGGCCUGCGGAAUACGCCGAAGAAGCCGAAGGACUUCUUGCUCGCUAG